UUUUCUGAGGACACUCAAUCUUAACUUAGAGAAAGAGAGAAGAGUUUAUUUUAGCGUGAGAAGCAUGAGAACUGCAAUGAAACACAGGGUUUUUCAGACAAGCCCCUUUUUUUAGUUUGCAGGUGACUGACUGCUCUUGUUUCGAUGCAGGUGGGGCUGUAGGUCAGGGGUGUGUGUGUGUUUGUGUCUAUAAAUCCACACCCAUUUUAAACCAGAAACAUCCAGAAUAUACUUCCAGCAAGAGCACUGGCUAGUUCAGCUUUUCCAGAGGGGUUCUCAAGGACACAUGAUGUUAUACUCAGCUUCAGCCCUCUGCCUCUUGCUCGUCGCAGUUUCUUCUAACCUUUCCAUUACAAUCAAAAAAGAAAAGAGGCCUCCUCAGACACUCGCGAGAGGAUGGGGAGAUGACAUCACUUGGGUACAGACUUAUGAAGAAGGUCUCUUUCAUAUUCAAAAAAGUAACAAGCCACUGAUGGUUAUUCAUCACUUGGAGGACUGUCAAUAUUGCCAAGCACUAAAAAAAGUGUUUGCCCAAAAUAAAGAAAUACAAGAAAUGGCUCAGAAUAAUUUCAUCAUGCUGAAUCUCAUGCAUGAGACCACAGAUAAAAAUUUAUCACCUGAUGGACAAUAUGUGCCUAGAAUCAUGUUUGUGGAUCCUUCUUUAACAGUCAGAGCUGAUAUAAUUGGAAGAUACUCUAAUAGAUUAUAUACAUAUGAACCUCAAGAUUUACCAAUAUUGAUAGAAAACAUGAAGAAAGCAUUAAAACUUAUUCAAUCAGAGUUAUAAGGAAUUAUCUCAAAGACGUCAAAUGUCAUGAAGACGAACUUCUGGUUAACAGACUCAUGCUAAAUGUGCAAGUACAUGAUUCUGUAACAUUACCAUUUAGAUUUUUAAUGUGUUUGCAAUAUUCUUAUGAAGGUAAAAUGAUAUUUCAAUAAAUGUCCGAACCUGAGCAUGCCAGUGUAGUAAUUUGAUUGCCCCCUGCAUCCACAGGAAAGAAAGCUUGUCACGAACGCAGAGUUAGGGUGGAGACAGGAGGACCUAAAUAAGAGGUGUCUACACUGGUUGUCCCUAUUUCCUCACCUCUCAUUCACUUCACCAGGUAAUCUAAUCUUAAUUCUGCCCCCUCCACUGUAUUGAACCCACUAGUAUAGAUCAUAAAUGAUGUGCACGUUGCCAAAGCAAACGGAUAUAUCUCUAUCCACUUAACUUUUAGCAGCAUACACGUAUGUCAGAGUUAACCAUUUGCUGCUUUUCUUACUUCAAAGACAUUUAAAAACUAAUUACAAUAAAGUAAAAGUAUAUUUUAAAAUUUUAACUACACAUGAAAAUUUAAUAUUUAAUUAUUGGGUGAAUAUUUAAUACUUUGAAUAAUAUUAAGAAAAGUGUUAACUCCCUCUGGAAGAUUGAAAACUGUCUCCAAUUAACAAGCAGGAGAGAAUUAUAGCCAUUCUGAAAUUAUCAAACAUCCAACCACCAAUUCAAUUCUUUACAGGAAGCUUCUGGAGAAUCAGUACCAUGUCUUCUAUUGCUUUAAAUACCACAAAAUUUCCUAACUUUUUAAUGGAAAAAUAAAUCCCAUAAUCACUAGGGAGUAAUUCUCAGAAGGGAGAGAAUGCUUCAGAUGGGCAACAAUUGUCCUAACCCACAGGAUUUGAUUGCAUUUAAAUAUUUUUAAUUAUUUUAAGAUACAAACAUACACUUUAAUAUGAGAUAGAUAUACAAUGUCUAUGUGAUAAAUAUUUGAUUAAUUCCCAUGUUUUCUGAGCCAGAGAAAGAAAGCUUUCUUCCAGGUUUUAUUUGAUCACUAUUCUGUUGAUUUUAAGCAGACUUAGUAAUCAAUCUAUUUGGAUACAAGUAGGUUACGUGACCAAUACCUAGCUAGAUAUCAGUAUCAGAUAUCCAUGCAUCACAUUUGCAAAAGAAUGUUAAAUAUCCUAUGUUUAAUUUUUUAAAUUUGAAAUCAAAGUCUGAGGGUUGAUGUUUUUAAUGA